AUGAAAUCUACAUCAUCCUCCGCCCGCCUCCAAAACGACUUUGGAGCUGAUCUAUGGGUGAAGAAUCGUCCUAAGCAUCACCCCACAGCAGGCCGCGGCCUCUUCGCCGGCCUCCAAGAUACCAAGAACUACAAUGUGGAAUCAGGCUGGGCGAAGCGCAGUAAUGCGGAAAGUCAGGGGUUUCUGGGGGGUUUGUUGAGUCGGUAUGCAUCCAUCCCACCUUUAGGUUAUUUGGUUGUUGAUUCGUGA